CUUGUUUUUAUAAAAUAAUUCAAAAUGGAGUCGUUUCGUUCAGGACCGGCGGGCAGCUCGCGAUCUGCGGUGUUGCCGCAGUCUAAGGAGGCAUUGCUGAAAUCGUACAAUGCACGAUUAAAGGACGACGUCCGGAGCAUGCUGGAGAACUUUGAAGAAAUACUAAAGUUGGCGCGUAGAGAGAGCCACACACAGAUCUCCAAGACGACGCAAUGCGAACAGGAUGCCCUCGAGAUGCAAGUGCGGGCGGCCAACAUAGUUCGGGCCGGAGAAUCCCUGAUGAAGCUCGUGGCCGAUCUUAAGCAGUACCUCAUCCUGAACGACUUCCAUUCGGUAAACGAGGCAAUCACCAACAACUCACAGCUAUUCCGGGCCACCCAAAUAGAAUGUGAUAAGAAGCUGAUGAAGCUCAGGGAUGAAAUGGCAAUGGAUCUGUACGACCUGGAGGAGGAGUACUAUACCAGUAUAUUUAAAUAGUUUUUUUUUUUUAUGAAAAUUAGCAGCAAUAGCAAGCUUAAAUAUCAAACAAUAUAUAUUUAUAAUUAUUUAAACUAAA